AUGUCCGACCUAGGAAAUUUGUCAUAUUUCUUAGGGUUAGAUUUUAAAGACACAAAUGAAGGAGUAUUUUUGCACCAGACGAAGUAUGCCCAAGAUAUCUUGAAGAGGUUCAAGAUGAGAAAUUGUAAUGUAGUUGUUACACCAUUAGAAAUUGGAGCAAAGUUGAGAAAAGAAAUAAAUGAUGACUUUCUAAGUGCAACAUUGUACAAGCAAAUCAUUGGAUCCUUGAGGUAUCUUUGCAAUACCAAGCCAUACAUUUGUCAAAAUGUCAUAUUGUUGAGCAUAUUCAUGGAGAAGCCUCAAGAAUGUCAUCUAACAAUAAUCAAAAGAGUGUUAAGAUACAUGAAAGGUAUGCUUGAUCAUGGUGUGUUGAUGCCGAGGAACAAGAAGAUCGACACAAAUGCAAGGAUAUAUGGCUACACUGAUUCAUAUUUAAGUGGAAAUCAAGAUGAGAAUAAGAGUGUUGCAGGCUACAUAUUCAUGAUUGGAGGUGCACCAAUCUCAUGGAGCUCAAGAAAGAAAAACAUUGUGGCUUUGUCAUAUUGUGAAGCUGAGUACGUGGAUGCAUCACAUGCAACAUGUCAAACUGCAUGGAUAUAA